UUUGCAGCAUUGCGUUUUGCUGGCUUAAAUUAAUGAUCGUGUUGUAGGGUUAGGGAAAAUAACGAGUGUUUAAAAGUUUAUACUGAGUCAUUCCUCUGCAGAUGAACCUAUGACUGACUCAUAAUCUGAGAACUGCAGUGGCUUGUAAAAUAGGAAGACAAGAGAAAAAGAGAAGGGAUAGAGAAUUCGGAGAAAAGGGGUGGCAACUUGCAAUGAAAGAUGAUUAGGUGUCUGCAGAGUAGGAAGUAGGAAGAGGUGCUCACUUGUCUUUGCUAAUGGGAGUGAAGAGAAAAUAGAACCCCCUGAGAGAACCUAGAAACCAGUAAGGAAAGUAUUAAGAAGAAAUAUCAAAGAACUUAGGAAGAAAAUAAGCAGGAAAGCCUGAGUGCUUAGGCUUUAACUGAAUCAAGACCAGGUCUCAGCAGCAGGAGACAAUGUAUUAAUCCAUUGGAAGUACACACUGCAGUCUUGUGUAUCACUGUGAUUGUGCUGUGAAUUUUUUUCAUGUAAACAGGGUGAAGAAAGGAACCAGGCAGACUAGCAAAGUUCUUUUUGUCAAGAGUAAAGAGAACGCUUACAGACCAUUGAGAAAGUGCUUUUUUCUUCUCUCUUCUCAAGCUACAGAUCAAAUGAGAUUCAAAUAAAACGAAGGAAAUAAAUUAUCUUAGAGCAUGGACACCAGUAAGAAGACAGAACCCCCUUUAUCUGUAGAAAUGGUGCAACAAAGGGCCAAUCCUGAUCGCAGUCCUUCAGCAUCAAUUUAUGUUCCAGAGCAAGGUGGCUACAAAGAGAAAUUUGUAAAUGCUGUGGAAGAUAAGUAUAAGUGUGAAAAAUGUCACUUCAUCUUAUGCAAUCCUAAACAGACUGAAUGUGGACACCGAUUCUGUGAGACUUGCAUGAAUGCCUUGCUGAGCACUCCGAGUCCAAAAUGUACAGCAUGUCAAGAAAGCAUAGUAAAAGACAAGGUAUUUAAGGAUAAUUGUUGCAGGAGAGAACUACUUGCCCUUCAGAUAUACUGCAGAAAUGAAAACAAGGGCUGCAAAGAACAACUUUCCUUGGGUCAAUUACUGAUGCAUUUGAAAACUGAUUGUCAGUUUGAAGAACUUGCAUGUCCUCGUGCUGAUUGUAAAGAAAUACUGAGAAAAGAUUUGCCAGACCAUAUAGAGAAGACCUGUAAAUACCGGGAGACAACUUGUAAAUACUGUAAAAGCCAAGUCCCAAUGAUUAUGUUGCAGAAACAUGAAGAUACAGACUGCCCGUGUGUCAUGGUUUCAUGUCCUCAUAAAUGCAGUGUUAAAACACUUAUGAGGAGCGAGUUGAAUGCACAUUUGUCAGAAUGUAUUAAUGCCCCAAGUACCUGUAGUUUUAAGCGUUAUGGCUGCACUUUUCAGGGAACAAACCAACAAAUUAAAGCACAUGAAGCCAGCUCAGCAGUGCAGCAUGUUAACUUAUUGAAAGAGUGGAGCAAUGCUCUAGAAAAUAAGGUGGCCUUGCUCCAGAAUGAAAGUUUGGAAAAGAACAAGAGUAUACAAACUUUACAUAAUCAGAUUUGUAGCUUUGAAAUAGAAAUUGAAAGACAGAAGGAAAUGCUACGGAAUAAUGAAUCUAAAAUACUUCAUUUACAGCGAGUGAUAGACAGUCAAGCAGAGAAACUGAAAGAACUGGACAAAGAAAUCCGUCCCUUCCGACAGAACUGGGAGGAGGCUGACAGCAUGAAGAGCAGUGUAGAAUCCCUCCAGAAUAGAGUGACUGAGCUGGAAAGUGUUGACAAAACUGCAGGGCAAGGAGCUCGAAAUACAAGCAUGCUGGAGACACAGCUCAGCAGGCACGAUCAGAUGCUGAGUGUUCACGAUAUUCGGCUGGCUGACAUGGACCUCCGAUUCCAAGUUUUAGAAACUGCUAGUUACAAUGGAGUGUUAAUUUGGAAGAUUCGAGAUUAUAAACGUCGGAAGCAAGAGGCAGUCAUGGGGAAGACUCUGUCCUUGUACAGCCAACCCUUUUACACUGGAUACUUUGGCUACAAGAUGUGUGCCAGAGUUUACCUUAAUGGAGAUGGCAUGGGCAAGGGGACGCACUUGUCGCUGUUUUUUGUCAUAAUGCGUGGAGAAUAUGAUGCAUUGCUUCCUUGGCCAUUUAAGCAGAAAGUGACUCUCAUGCUAAUGGAUCAGGGUCCGUCUCGGCGCCACUUAGGAGAUGCUUUCAAGCCGGAUCCAAACAGUAGCAGUUUCAAGAAGCCAACUGGAGAAAUGAACAUUGCGUCUGGCUGCCCAGUCUUUGUGGCUCAAACUGUUCUAGAGAAUGGAACGUAUAUUAAAGAUGAUACUAUUUUUAUUAAAGUCAUAGUGGAUACAUCGGAUCUACCAGACCCCUGACAUAUGGUCGGGGAGGCAGAUUAAACAGAAGACAACUCCAUUUGGGGGUUUUAUAUCAGUUUGUCUUCAAUCAGAGGUCCUAAAGCUCACAGAACCACCUUGUGGAACAGAUGGAAGAGUUUGAAGGCAUAACUGCAUAGGGUCCAAAUGAGAAAGUAGCAACACAUUAAGAAAUCAUACUAUGGUAUAUUUUUUAAUAGAACUAGCAACACUUAAACUCUGAAGAAUCACUUAUCCCUCAUGAGGAUAAUGAUUACGGUCAGAGAGAAUUUCUGUUUUGUUUUGUUUUGUUUUUAACUUAUUAAUGAUCUAGUCCAUUGGAGGUGAAAAGACAUAUACAGUAUGUGCUGAAUAAAUUACUGACUUUUAUUUCUUUAAGCUAGAAUACAAAAAUACAUUCACAUGUGGGCUAGCUGGAAAUUGUCAGCAUGUUAAAAGAAGAAAUGAAGUAAUGUUGCGAUUAUAUUAUUUGAAAAAACUGAGGUGCAAUCUUGUCUGAAAUAUAAUUGUCUUUUUAAGGCCUCAUCUGGUCUCUGUUUUAAUAAUUACUUUGUAAGAAGAUCUUGGAAAAGUAUCCAUGUCUUCUCAAAAGUAUCUGAAUCAAAAUCAUAUUUUUAUUUAAAGUUCUAUUGUUACAGAAAACAUUUUAUUUUAAAACUGUUGAUAGACUGAUAUUUCUUGGAAGAAAAAUAGAAGAAAUCAAACACUGGUUAUCACUUGUGAUAGGAAAAAAAACUAUUCAAUUCUGUUAUUUCUCUUUAGAAAUGUAAACCUACAAUAUAUGUCGUAAUUAAUGACACUAUUUCAAAAUUAAGGAAAAAUCACUCAUGGAUGCUGUGCAUCAUUAUCAGAUUUAUAAUUGUUUUCACCCUAAAAUAGGGCAUUUGUUGAACUUUGGAGUUCUAAACGGAAUCCUGUACAGUUUUUAAAGUUCUGCCCCAUGCUUUCCAAUCAAGCUAUAUAUGUUGCAAAUUAUGCUGUCAGCAGUAUAUAGUAUUUUCAGUAUUGGGGAGGAGGAUUAGUGCUGAAAAAGCCUAUAUGUUUGUUCCGUACUAGCAGCCAUUGCUUCUUAAGGACAAAUCAGCCAUGUCUUAAUACAGUGAUGGUGGCUUGCAUGCAUACAUGUGCCUUAGAUGUGCUGUGCUGCUUAUAAACCAUAGCUUUUUAUUCAGAUUAAUUCUGAUAUCUGAAAUAGUAGUUUAAUUGGACUUCAGGCAUAAUGUUUAACCUUGACUUCAAAGCCCUUAGGCACCUUGUGGUGUUCCAAAUAUAAGCCAAAACCCAUUCCUUUGGCUUUGGGAGCUUCUGUGGCUUGGCCGUGGCUGAAUCCGCUUUACACAGGUGCCAAAACGUUAUGCUCAGUGCUCCUAUGGAGCUUGGACUAGACAGUCUCCAUGGCCAGCAUGAAGGAGGGCGACAUUUUUCCUCUAAUGCUUGCGGUCAUAAGGUGGCAUCACUUUAAACAGACUCAUCCGGGGAACUCUGUGGGGCUGUGAAUGUAUGUGCUCAUGACAGCUUUUCUAACAGGGAAUGCACGGCCUUCUUUAUUCUAACAGCCUGAACUUUAGUGGAAAGCAUUUGCUAGCACUGAAACAUGCUGAUUGCAACCUGCUGUGUUCAUCUGCUUCUAUUUAAUAGUCUGUGACAAGCAAAUCUAGUGACAUAGCCUGACUGUGGUGCUUUCUAAAGUCCAGGAACCGCUUAAGUAGAGCAGGCUUGCACUGCUGUGGUAAGCCUCUGUGGGCUCGAAAGAAGAUGGUGCAUCUUAGUCUUUAUAAUGUCAGGUUGUAUCAGCUUUCUGCUUUUUGAGGCAUAGUCACAAUUUUUUUGUCUAAGGUGCAGUUGAAGUCAUGCCUUUGUAUUUCAGCUUGUCUUUGCUGUUGUCUUUUUUGGCUGUGCCUUCACACACAGUGCCUGCAAGAAGUAUUUAUGAAUAUACAGUGCAUGCUAAGUGGUCUUCAUGGGUUUUCCAGGCACCUGCUAGAAUACUGCCUGCUGCUGACCAUCACGAUCGUCAGUAGCAACUUGUCUUCCUUUUCUUGCCUUCCAUUGUCCAGGUACUGUAUUCCCUUUAUGGUACAUAGCUGUCAACAGGUGCAAGCUAAAAUAUGGAGGCACAUGCUAGCAUUUAAUUUCUAGCACACAAGGAGGACGUUCUGCACAAGAGAUAAAUAUCUAUAGAUAUACCUGCGUCUAUAUCUCUAGAUAUAAUUGAAUGGCACUUGCAGUUUUAUGCAGGCUGCACAAGCAAACCCAUCACUUACGCUUUAGGGCGUAGGUUCGCUCGAUUCGUGUCAUUUUAAUAAUUGUGAAUGUAGGCAGCAGAGCUUUUGUGUUUGUGCAUCACAGAAUUUUACUGAAAACAGGAUUCCCAAGUGGAAAUGUCCAAAGGACUCUCCUCCCAUUGCUAAUGCAUGUCUUGCAAACUUAAAUGAAAAUGUUUGGCCAUCUCAAAACAGUUUAUAUCCUGUUUCAAUCUGGGACUUGGAGGAGAUUUCUAGUAUAAGCAGGGCCCAGCAUAUUCUGCAGAUUUGCGACUACAGUUUCCAACUCCUGUGACAGAAUUGCGCUUUUAAAUCCAGGCUCCGAAAGAGGAGGAAAAAAAGAGUUUCCAGCCUUUGUGACUGAAAGAGGACUUUGAAAAGUGUAUGCUAAUAGGGAAGUCUUCCUGAGUGUGCACACAGCCCAAACUAGUAGCUUUAAGAGAUCUGAAUGUCUCCUCUUAGCGGGAUAUUGACUCAGAAACUUCAGAGAGAAGUUUAAAUAUGAACACUGCUAACUGUAUUAAUGCCGAUCACUGUAGCAGAAACAUCAGUCACUGUUGUUAUUUCACAGAUCUCUAUGCUGCUUUCCACAUCUCCCAAGUGCCAAAAGCACCAGCUGCCAGAAUCUUCAGCUUCACUUGGGCAGCUUUUAUAAUGCAGUAAUGUGCUAUCGAUAUAAAAAUAUUUUUGCAUAUAUGCUUUUUAUCACAGUUAAUAAAACGGAGGCCUACUGCACUUACUUUUUAAAACUACGUGAAGCUGCCAGAGAAUUUCCAGUUUGACAACCCUGCGUACUGUGAAAUCCGGGAUCUCGCUACACAAAUGUACACACCGCCUGCUGUGGGAUACCUGAAGCCUUGACUGUAACACUCCUCUUUCCGCAGAACUCACAGGCUGUCUCUGCAGAGUUCUUACUGUGUACAUAGAAAUCUGUUUCCUCUACUUUCCAGCAAGGAGUAUGUAGCAUUUUGUGAUAACAAGGCCACUGUAUAUUCUCUAAAUUGAAAAGAAAAGAUACCUGGUGCUUUACUCAACACUUUAAAUUAUUUAGAUUUUUCUUCCAUCAUUUAGAUGCCCUUUAUCGUUUUAAAAAAAUAGGUAUUUCUGACCCAGAUAUCCAAAGUGUUCAGGGUCAGUCUAUUCUAAAUAAUUAAUGGAGAAACGCUCUGCCCCCAGGUAUUCCCUAGAGUCCCUGGCUAACCCAUGUGGUAUGCCACCGUCACAAGGGGUUCCAAAGUAUUUGUACUACUACAAACAGCAUUUCUUCAACAGAGUCUUCUUUUCCCUCUGCUUAGUAGAUCUUAGCAGCGCACAACUGAAGUCUCUUGCUGGUAUUCUUUCUUAAUGAUGACACUCCAAGUGAUGUACAAGCCUCUUUCAUUUCCAGCUUUCCGAAGGGAGAUGCCAGUGUGUGAGAAUCUGGAUGUUGCCCUUUUUGUGCACCAUUCAGCACAGCGAGUGUGCAUCUGUUACUUAGAAAGUCUCGAAUUCUAAACAGGAUGAAACUAUUUCAGUUUUAAGACCAACUGUGAUUAUUAUGAUUGACAAUGUCUAUGUUACUCCUCUGAUCUAAUUAAAGGGGUCUUGUUUCAGUUACUGUCUACAUGAUACACCUUCAACUGCUGAUUUACGAUAUGCAAUGUUGAUUUCAGCCUCGUACUGUAAAUGUUCACAGAGAGAAAGUGCAAUAGGAAGAUAGGAAGGGUGGCAUAAUUUUGAUGGAUAAAAAAAAUGUUGUGGGUAACAUGCUCCCUUUCUUAUAAAUAUGAAAUAUGGUUUAUUUCCUUUUCCAAUGGAUUAACCCUCUUAGAAAAGGAAAGUUGAAGAUACAUGCCUGUUUUUGUGCCUGGUGAAUUUCUCAAAUGCAGAGAUAGUAGAGAUUUUUGUUAGCUGUGGUUUAAGCGUUGAACCUGUGAGUGUUAGGUUGUGAUUGUAUUGCUCGUGUUUCUCAGCUUGCCACAAUUUUGUCUCUUUGAGUUGGGGUAUCAAAAGACACCACCUAUUUGUAUCUGUAUUCCAUCACGUGAGACAGGCAUUUCACCAACAAUGCAGGGUUUCUGUUGUUUUUGUUCUGUUUUCAAAACACUGGUGCUGUUUAGAGAAGCGUUUAGGGAGUGAUAAGAAAAGCUGCCUGAACCACAGAAGAAUGAAAAGUGUUAUUGCAGUAUUGAUGCCUUGUUAUGAUUUAACUAUGCAAAUAUACAAAUAGGUGAGAGGGAAAAAUUCUUGGGUUGCAUACCUGAUCUCAUAGUUUUUGCUCUUGAAAGUACUGGUUAUUUUGUAGGUACAUACAUAUACAAACAGACAUGCAUGCACACAUAUAUGCAAAGUUUCUUUUUUUUCUUUUUAAUGUAGAAGUGAUGAAACAAAACCCUUUUCCCCCGAGUUCUACCUGAUCAAGUGGUGCAAAUAUAACUUGCUCCUGCUAAAGGAGGAUCUGGGCUAAGGGCAAACCUUGGAUUCCCGUCUUUCAUGUCUGAAGUCUUGUGUAUCGCAAACAAACCACUUACUGGCUGGGAAAAUGAGCAAAUUGUGUAGCCUUUCUGGAGACCUUGGAAUGUCACUUAUGACACGUCUUUCCUUAUACUCAGCUAAUUAGGAGAUUUGUGCAUUUGGAACAAACAUAAAGAUGGGCAGCUUGUUAAAUGCAAAUUCACUCUAAAAAAAAAAGGAAUAAAAAAUAAUAGAAAACAGCUGGACCCCUUCUUAGAAUUCCUAUCCCAUUCAGUCAAUACCUCUAUAUCUUGACUGACCUAGAAAUCAUAGCUACAUUGCUAAAAAUGAUCAAUUCUGGAAUUUAGUCUGAGAGUAGCUUUUUGUGCUGUGUACAGGAUAGUAAGCGCUCUGUAUCUGCAAACAUUUUCUUAUAGCAAGUACUAUUCCUCUUCUGGAAAAAGGAAAUUGAGGCUGAGAUGUGAUUUGCCCUGAGUUGCAUAAGGAAUCUCCUGGAGCUGAGGCUAAGGAAAAGGAUCCAGUUCUGUAGUGUCAUCUUCCAAUCAUUAGGCUCUACUCUUAAUACAUUUGCCUUUUAAAGGAACUGAAAACAAGUUGACAUACCUUAAAGGCCCACAUCAAGACAGUAAGGGCUAGAAUACAAGCUGUCAUGAUUUGGGGUUGUACAUGGAUGGCAGCCUUUAUGUUGCUACCAACAUGGCUGUGCUUUGCCCAGCCUGUGGAGUGGAAGGCCAGCACAACGUGUUGGUGUGAAUAACUGCAGCAAAUGUGUGUGUCCUGCUCUCUUUGUUCAAAAACACCCAACAAAGUCUCUUGAUUCUCUUCUCAACAGGUGGGUGAAUGAUACCAUUUUACAGUGGAUUAAUCUUGGAUCUGCCAGCCUGUAGUGUGGCUGACCAUUUCUUUCUUGAGGUUUGUUUUCUUUCCUUUUCUUUAAACCAAAAUAUGGAGGGCUUAAUUGUUCUUUCCUGCCUCUUAAUCCAGGCCUUUGCUGAGAAGCACCAGAUAAUGAAGGUUGUGGAAAACUGUGGAAUGCCAAUUCAGGGACAUCUUCUUGAGAUUUAGAAGAGUAGAGAUACACAAGAUGUAAAGGAUCUGACUAUUCCUAUUUCUCUUCUAAUUUAUGGGCAAGACUGCAGCUUCUGUCUUCCAUUUCACGAUCUUAGUGAAGGCUGUGUUUAUUUGUUUUAUUUUUUUCUCUCCAAGUUAGGAUUAGUUCCUUAGGGUUCAAAUAAGUUCUAAAUUUCACAGAGGAGCACCUGAACCAAAAUCCUGGAUCCAAACACCCCAGACUUGAUGUGACAUUCAUAUCUGGAUCCCAACUCUGUGGCUUACUAACCUACCCAUUCAGGGUUUGUUGUCUCUGUGUGGUGUUUGUGUUUCUGGUCCUUUGGAACUAAGCUUUUAAUUUGGUUGCCAGUUCUGCAAGGACUUUUUAACUUCUUAGCGAUGCCGGUGUUCACACGCUCCAUUGCUGGCAGUGUGAAGCGUAGUGAUAAAAUUUGACUCUGUCUAAGGGUUACUGAGAUAAACCAGCAUUAUCAUUCGUAAGGGUCAUUUUCUUGCAUAGUGUUCUGAGCUUUGGAUUUGAAAAUAGCUCACGUCUGAAAGGACACAUCUUCCAACUAUGACCUGCGUCACUGGCAGAGAGUUGUAUAAUCUGUACUUGUGGAAUGGGAAGGUACAAGCUUCCAUUGUUGCUGAUGCACCAUGUGAUCCACCUAUAUUUUGUUUUUCUUAUAGCUGAUGUUUGGUUGAUAUAUUUUUUCAGUUUUAUAGGAAAAAAAAAACAAACGGGAAAGUUCAGGAUUUUUUCUACAAGCUGUAAAACUCCAAUGAUUUAGUGGUAACUAUAGAGCUGUGAAAAAUACCCCAUUAUGAGGUGAUGGGCUAAAAUUGGGUCCAUAUCUCUUAGACAAGGAGGAUAACCUUUAAGAUGCAUGGAACAACGUAAUAAUUGGGAAAACUAAAGCUGACAUUUGUUUCCAAGAAAUUCUGUAAGAAAUAUCUAUGGGAAAGACAUCAGUGAUCAAGAAUAAUGUACAAAUUAAUGUGUUUAAGACUUGUGUAACCAUUUCUUUAAUCUCAUACUCUUCAGUGAACGGUACACUUGUGUUCAGUUUUAUGAUCAAAAACAAAGACCAAAGAAGGCCAACCUCAUUUGAUUGUGUAUAUUCUGCCUGUCUUAAUUAUCAAUAGCUGUAAGGAUACAGUGCAAGUGAUCUGGUAACCAGUGAUUCUUGUCCUUUUCAUUUAGGGGAGAAAAACAAUUUUAAAAUGUAUAAUUUAUUGCUCAGCAAUAACCAUGUUGUUAAUAAUAAUAAUAAACAACAACAAAAAAAAAAA